AUGGCUACGAUCAAUCAAAGUAUCUUUACACCCCUCGUCAACAAUGCAACGUAUUUUGCGAAGGACGGCAUUUCUGGUCAGGUAGACGCUCUUCUGUUGCACUAUCUGUCUCGCUGGAAUGGCUGGCAGCUAGCUGCCACUACUCUGUGUAUAUUGAUUGCUUAUGAUCAACUUCUCUAUAUUAAACGGAAGGGCUCAAUCGCAGGACCCACGUUCAAGAUUCCGUUCAUGGGCCCAUUCAUACAAGCGAUAUAUCCAAAGUUCGAUGCAUAUGUGUCUCAAUGGGCGAGUGGUCCCCUGAGCUGCAUAUCUGUAUUUCACAAGUUCGUCGUCCUCGCUUCAGAUCGUGACAUUGCCCACAGAGUCUUCAAGUCACCAGCGUACGCGAAACCUUGCUUGGUCCCCAUUGCAACCGAGAUCAUGGGCCCUAAAGCUUGGGUUUUCCUCACAGGGAAGGCCCAUACUGAAUUCCGCAGGGGAUUGACCGGUCUCUUCACAAACCAGGCAUUAAGCAUAUAUCUACCUGUUCAAGAAAAGGUAUACGCAGAUUAUUUUGACAAAUUUGUGGUCGCCAGCGAGGCCAAUGGGGGAAGGCCCAUUGAAUUCAUGGGUCUUUUCAGGGAAAUCAACUGUGCAUUAUCAUGCCGUACCUUUUUUGGUGGUUAUAUAUCCCAAGAUGCCGUCAAGAGAAUCGCCGAUGAUUUCUAUCUUGUUACCGCCGCCCUUGAGCUCGUUAAUGUUCCCUUUUCGACUUAUAUUCCAUUCACAAAGUGCUGGAGAGGCAAACGCAUAGCUGAUGCAGUUCAAGCGGAAUUCGCCAAGUGUGCUGCUGCCUGCAAGGAAAAUAUGGCCACUGGCGCAAAGCCAACAUGCAUAGUUGAUCAGUGGGUCUUACACAUGAUGGAGUCGAAGGAUUACAACGAGAGAAUUGCUGCAGGUGAGGUGGGAGUUGAAAAACCCACAAACCUAAUUCGCGAAUUCACGAAUGAGGAAAUCGGGCAGACAAUGUUCUCCUUUCUUUUCGCAUCUCAAGAUGCAUCCAGUAGCUCUACCACCUGGUUAUUCCAAGUCCUUGCUCAGAGGCCCGACGUUCUUGAUCGCCUUCGAGAGGAGAAUCUUGCUGUGCGUGGCGGUGACCGAAAGAAGCCACUUGAUCUAGCGAUGUACGAAUCGCUCACCUAUACCAAUGCUGUGGUGAAAGAGCUCCUUCGGUAUCGUCCACCUGUAAUCUUCGUGCCCUAUCUUGCUACCCAGGCGUUUCCGGUCACCCCCGACUACACCGUACCAAAGGGCGCCAUGAUUGUGCCGUCCUGUUACCCGGCGCUUCAUGAUCCCGAGGCAUACCCAAACCCAGAAGUCUUCGAUCCGGAAAGAUGGAUUACCGGCGAUGCUAAUUCUAAGACUAAAAACUGGCUUGUGUUUGGCACUGGACCGCAUGAUUGUCUUGCACGAAGAUAUGUGCCACUUACAAUGGCAGCCAUGAUUGGAAAGGCUUCAUUGGAAGUUGAUUGGGUCCAUCACGCAACUGAGCAUUCGGAGGAGAUUAGAGUCUUUGCCACGCUCUUCCCCAUGGAUGAGUGCCCGCUCGUGUUUACCAAACGGAAAUAG